AUGCAGCAGCACUUGAUUCGGUACAUAACGGAACAGCGAAAGUUGAUGCGCCGCGGGUAUUAUGCCGCCGAUACGCAAAGUCGGCGGCAGGCGUACCGGGUCGAGCGAGAGGAAAGAAGGGCGCAAAGGAAUGGGUCCCCGGAACUGCAGCUGUUGGCCUCACCGCUGGUGUCCACCGCGGGAUCCAUGGGAGCGAUCCAGAGCGACCUGGAGUUGGUGAGCUGGGAGCCGGCACCGUCGAGGAAACGCGCACGCGGGGCGAAGGGCAAGAGCCGGCCAGCGGGACGAGGGGCGGAGGCCAGCAAGCGCGAGGAGCCCCGCACCAGCAAGCGCAAGGAGCCCCACUCCAGCAAGCGCGAAGAGGGGCGGCCAUCGAAGCGGUCGUCCACGCACCCGAAGGGACCGGCCGAGAAGGCGAAACGAUCGUCCACGCGCUCGACGCGCCAGUCCAAGAAGGAGGAGUCGCCGGCACGCACAAGGCUCGACAACGCGGCAAGGGGACCAGCGGCCAACAAACCCACAGGAGGCACAGCCGCCGUCGACGCAGGCCGAAAAUGGAAGCGACGAGCCGCUGCCGACGCAGGCCGAAAACGCAGCCGAGGAGCCGCUGCCGACGCAGGCCGAAAACGCGGUCGAGGAGCCGCAGCCAACGCAGGCCGAAGUCGCGGCAAACGACGCGGCUUCAGAGGCACGACGCCUCACGGAAUGGCACCGUCGGAUCGCGCUGGCAGCAGCAAAGGAGGAGUUGAGGCAACGGCGCGUAUGGGAGGACGCCCUGGCGCUGGCCAAGAGGCUGAAGGCAGGGCAGGAGGCCGAAAAAGCGGCCCAAGAAGCGGAGGCGGAGCGCCACAAGCGAGACUUCGCGCACCAGUGGCACGGACGGAGAGCGCGGCGGACGGGCUGGCGGUGAUCUCCAGCGAUGAGGAGGAGGCGGAGUGCCCACCAGCGCCGAAGGCGGCUCGAGUCCUGUCGCCCGAAGAAGACUGGCAGCAGAGGCUACGACGCGCCGAGGAAGAAGAAGAGGAGCUCUGGCAACCACCCUCAGAAAACGCCGAGACCGAGGAGGAGCCACGGCCGCAGUCCCCACAGCCAGAGGAGGAGGAGCUAUUCCAGCGUCGGCCGCCGGCUGAUCAUAGGCGCCGGCCGGAAGAGGAAGCAGCAGGCAACGCACCAGGCCAAGGGGAGCAACAGCAGCAGCACUGGCACGGGCCGCAGGGAGCCGCCUCCGGACCGUACGUGACAUAG